GGCGGAAGCGCCUUGGUGUUGUGGUGUUUACAGCAGCUGUUGGGGCCAGGCUGAGCUAAGAGGGCUCGGGCCAGAGCGGCGAAGAGGCCGCCCCAGCGCCCAUGUGCCCUCAGCCGCCCAUGGAGGUGAUGGAGGGACCGCUCAACCUGGCUCAUCAGCAGAGCAGAAAAGCUGACCGUUUGCUGACAGCGGGGAAGUAUGAAGAAGCAAUUUCUUGUCACAAAAAGGCAGCAGCAUAUCUUUUGGAGGCCAUGAGGCUGACACAAUCGAAUCAGGCCCAGUUAUCAUUGGAAUUACAAAAGGAGAGUCAUCUGAAACAGAUGCUCCUUAUUCAGGAGCGGUGGAAAAGAGCAAAAAGAGAAGAGCGGCUAAAAACACAGCAGGCUGUGGACAAGGAUGGUGCUUCGUCUAAAUCAUCCGCAGAGGAAUUUGAUGACCAAAAUGUGACAGCUCCUGCUAGUUUGAAGUACAGCCCCUCUUCAGAGAAGGACAUGCAGGCAAUCCACGGUGUCUUGGACAGGGACCCAGAUACUCUGCUGUUUCUGUUUCAGAAAAGGAAGGAGCCAUUGGAAGUUUGUGUCGGAAGCAAAACUCCAAAGGAUGACAAGACAAAAAUAGAGGAGCAAGCCACCAAAAUUGCAGUUCUAGAACGGCAUGUGGACAUUCUGUUAGCUGAAAAUGAGAGAUUAAGGCAAGAGAACAAGCAGCUAAAAGCUGAGAGGGCCAGACUCCUAAAAUCUCCCCUAGAAAAGGAGCUAGAUGUUGAUGCUGACUUUGUAGAGAAGUCAGAGUUGUGGGGUCUGCAGCAGCAUUCAGAAACUGCUGCUACAUCAGCCUCAACUUGGCAGAAAUUUACAACAACUGCUGGGAAGGCCAAGGACAUUCCAAUACCCAGCCUUCCCCCUCUGGACAUUCCAUCCCCUGAGCUCCCUCUCUUGGAGCUCUCAGAAGAUAUACUGAAGGGACUCAUGAAUAGCUAAGUGAAGACCACAGUGUAUGCGCAUAUGUAGUUCAGCAAAAUCCAAAAAGGGAAACCCACCAGUAUAGCUGUGAUUCAUGGGCAGAAACAUCAACUACAACCCUAGUAAGGGAGAAUAUCUUAGUGAUUUUGUCACUGUGAAAAAUAUGCAUGAUAUUGGAUUGGUUGACCAGAGCUUACAAUUUACCAUCGUUGGUAAAAGCUAAGCACUCUUUUGUUUCUUUCCUUGAAGCCAAAUGACUGACAGGAAGCUUUCAAGUAACACAAUCCUGCAGGGGUCUUGGGUAUGCUAUAUGUAACAGGUCUCCCUAAUGUCAUAAAAUAAUGCAAAACCUAAGUGGUGUGGGCAAGAGGGUGACAAGUUUGGCACUGGAAGAUGUUUAUCAUGCAUUUGAUUAUUAUUUGAUUUAAUUAUGCACAAACCAGGUCAAUAGAUUAGAUGUUGCUUCUGUUCCUCCACAGUAAGGAUCUACGUGCCACACUUCUGCACUCCUGACUUUGAAAAUGUAAUGUUGGCCAAUCAGGAGAGAUGCUAAAUUUCCAAUUUUUUUAAGGAACCAAAUUUAGUUUUAUUGAAAUGUUAAUUUGUUUACGUAAUCAGGGUGCUUCAUAAUGUUUGUGUUCUGUAUAUGAAACCAGAAGGCAUUGUUUAAAAAAAUACAUAAGAACAAUCCUUGGUGUAUGAAUGGAAGUAAUAACAAUUGCCAGAACUUGACUGAAAAUAAAAGUUUUGGGUCUGUUUAAAA